AUGGCACCAAAGGCUGCUUUUACACUAGCCAUGGCGUUUUCUGCCAUUUUGGCAUCGGCAGCAACUAUUGAUAAGAGAAUUAUCCAAGGAGAAGAUGCCAAAGAUGGUGAAAUAAAAUUCAUCGUCAGUGUUCGUGAUGAGAAUAAGACUCAUCAAUGCGGAGGCAGUCUGUUAGACGGCUAUACAGUUCUUACUGCUGCUCAUUGCAUACAUUACGGACCCAAACUCGUCUAUGUAACGGCUGGAACAGUGGACUCUAAGACGGGGGGAGUAGAAGCACAAGUUGCAUCUUUCAAGAAGCACCCUAAUUACGAACCGAGCUUUGAUGACGAUGAAUACUGGCUAGAAAAUGUAAUUUCUUACGAAGAAAAUGAUAUUGCCAUCUUGAAAUUAUCGACUCCGAUUGAGAAUAGCAAUACGAUUGAAUAUGCCACGUUGCCUCCGACCGGCUCGGACGCCGUGGUCAAUUCCACAGCAAUCGCUGCAGGCUGUCGGAAAGAUGCUGACUUGCAGGACAGGGGCGCACAAAGCCCCAAGGAUAUAUACUCCGAGGACGAAUACAUACCGGCUAAGAAACUUAGCAAGGUUGUUCUUCCUAUUCACGCACGCGAGGAUUGUGCCCAGUACGCCGGUGUAGGUGAUAGAGAUACCAUAAUAUGUGCCGGUGGAGAAGGCAAGAAUGUUUGCAACGCGGAUAGCGGUGGGCCUCUUUUUGAUCAGAAAACGGGACAGUUACUCGGUGUCGUGUCAUGGAGCAUCAUGGCAGAUCAGCAGUAUUGCAACCGGGCUCCCGGGCUGUUUACCAGAGUCGGCACCUAUAUCGACUUUAUCAACGAAAAUCUUGGUCCAGCUUCUGAUCAUAAUGGUGAUGGAGUCCGCUGA